AUGCCCAAAAAAACCCCCCAACCAAAAACAAAACCACCCCCAAAUCCCCCAAAAGAAACCCAAUCCCAAAUCCAAUGGCCCCCUCUCCCCCCCACACCAAAAAGUCCCUACUUCUACCCCUCGAAACCAACUCUCCAACCCCUAGUCGACUCCCAAAUCUACCUGAUCCCGAACUUCUUCCCGCAGACCCUCUGCAAAACCUACACAAGCUUCCUGGCCUCCCUGCCGCUGGUGACAACACCCAAGAACCCGAAACGCGGCGACGCGGUGCGCGUCAACGACCGCUUCCAGGUGCAGGACGAGGGGUUCGCGGCGCAGCUUUGGGAGCUCACGGCGUUGAAGCGGUGUGUGACGGGUCAGAGGAAUGCUAAUGGGGAGGGGAACAGGGAGAAGGAGGCUGCUGGCAAUGUCAAUCGCGAGGUAUGGGGUGGGGAGCCAUUGGGUUUGAAUGGGAAUAUUCGUAUCUAUCGGUAUUCGAGGGGUCAGUUUUUUGAUAAACAUUACGACGAUUCCAAUACCCUCACUUUCAACGCGCCAGGGCAGCCAGCACGGCCGGCUCGCACUACAUGGACUCUACUCAUCUACUUGACGGGCUGCGAGGGCGGAGAGACCGUCUUCUACCCCGAGCCGACGCGGAAGGAUCGAAAUCCCCAACCGGUCUCGGUCGCGCCGGUACCGGGUAUGGCGCUGCUGCAUCGACAUGGCGAGCACUGUAUGUUGCAUGAGGGAAAGGAGGUCCUGAAUGGAGAGAAAUGGGUGUUGCGGAGUGAUUUGGUUGUUGCGCGGUAA